AUGACGCGCAAGUUCCGGGGGCUCAAGUUGGACGAGCGAGGCGGCGUUACAUAUCAUGGCGCCACCAGCUUCUUCCACUUGCCCAGCGAGCGCAGCACACCUGGAAAUAAUUUCCUGCCUCUGACUGAGGCACCCGAUCAACGGAGAGAGAGACUUGUUACCAAUGCCUGGCAACAGCGUGCGUUGGAAAACCUCUCCGAUAUACCAGAACCAUUUCGCCAUCUCUUGAAUGUCCAUUGGUGUUGGGUUCACCCCCUAUUUAACUUCGUGUACAAGCCGGCCUUUGCUCGCGACAUGCAGUCCAUGGGUCCAUACUAUUCACACACGCUCUUGAACGCCUUGCUCUCUCAGUCUAUUCGCUGGGGCAGAAAUAAUCCUGUCAUCAACAGGAUCCUUGACGAAUCGUAUCAAGGCGGUGCCAUCUUUGGCAAACAUGCACGUAGCUCUGUCUUCGAUGAACUUAGCAACGGCACUUGUACCGUGCCGACUAUCCAGACCCUUUUGCUGCUGAGCGCCAACGAAAGUGGGCUUGGAAAUGCCACCCAAGCAUGGACCUACAGUGGCAUGGCAUUCAGGCUCAUGGACCACAUGGGCAUCUGUGUAGACAACGAGAGGUACGUCAGUUCUGUUCACCUCAGUGACGAGGACGUUGAGAUACGCCGCAGACUUUUCUGGAGCUGCUACUUCUGGGACAAAAUGAUCAGCCUCUACCUGGGCCGCUCACCUACAAUUCAGCACACUGCUGUAUCGCCUCCUCAUACCAUGUUUGACAAUUCUGCCGAGAAUGAUCUAUGGGUUCCUUUCGGGCUAUCCGGGAAUGUCGCUGGGAGUUACCCCCCUACAACGGCUCACUCUGCAUCGUGUUUCAUGAGCAUGUGUCAAUUGUCCGUAAUUUUCAAUCAGAUUCUGGUCCAUAUGUAUGACCCUCUCUUCCAAAAUACGGUAGAAGAAGUCGAGGAGUGUCUGUAUUCCCAAGAAGCAGCCUUCCAGCAGUGGUGGAACGAGCUUCCUCUGUUUCUGCGCAUUGAUCCCAACGCAUUGCCCUCCAUUUCACCUCCUUCGCACAUUGUCACUAUGAACUGCCUCUAUCAUACGUUCAGGAUCCUGCUCUACAGGCCCAUGUUGACUCGGGGUGUCAAAACCGACGGCGAGCCUGCUCCGGUGCACAGCUAUCUGUUCCAGUGCGUCACGUCAGCAACCUCGAUUAUCGCCAUUUUCAACCUGUUCGUCUCGACGUUCGGCAUCAAGUACUGUGUGCUCUCAGUGUCAUACUCGGUCUACAUUGCGGCUACAAUAUAUCUUUUACAAGUUCAAGCAUUCCCGGGGGACAGCCACGCGCUUCACAGGCUGGCCUUCUGUAUCCGGGUUCUCAGCGAAGUCAAGAAAUACAGCCCCAUGCUCGGGGGCGCUUUGAAUCUCAUCAACAAGGAGCUUGCCAUUCUCGGAAUUAAUAUGAAUGCUGUCCACCAAGCCUUGCAGACUUCGCAAAUCAUACCGAUAGUGAACACACCCUCCGAAGCUUCGAUGCCCGAGGUGGUGUAUGGCCCUCCAGUACAGGGUGAGCCUUCACAACCCCCGCCGACUGGCACUGAGUUCCUGUUUCAAGCGCCCAUCAAUGGAACGGAAGGUUUCGAUCCCCAACCGAACGGCCUAGAUGCAGGCGUAUUUGAGGCCAUGUCGACAUUGCAGCCUCUCAGUGCCUGGGUUGGCACCAUCCCUGAAUAUAACCAAUAA